GAACUUGCCAGAAAUAAAGAUGGCGCUUGCUACAGCCUUCCCGCGUAGCCUUGCGGGAAGAAUAGGAGCUGAGGCUGAUGCCCCCAUUAAAUAGGGCCGGUUAAGGAAGUCCCGCCCCCCAUACAAACCUAUACAGUAUAUUAUUUUCUCGGGUGGGUGACCUCCGCGUGCCCCAAGGCGGAAGGUGGAACUUCCUGUUCCGAUCCGGGCGAGGACGCUAGCGUGGGCUGGGAAACAACCAGGUGGUCGGCUUCGUUGAGCGCGUUGUCCGGAGAGGCUGCGCCUCAUCGCUGUGUAGGGACUUGUGGGCGGGAGGCCGCGCGCGCAGUGGGACGGGGUGAAAACGGAGGCCGGAGCUGAGGGAGAAGAAGCGGCGAGAAGCAGCAGCAGCAGGAGGCGGCGACGACGACGACCGCCCGCUCGCCUUGCCGGAAACCAAAACGGAGGGGCCAUUGGCUGGGGGAUGGAAGCGGAGAAAAUGGAUGAGAAUGAAUGGCGAUACCACGGGGAAGGCAACAAGAGCCUCGUCGUCUCCCACAGACAGGUAAAAAAGAAAAAAGGCGCCGGCCGCCUCUUGCCUCGCGCGCGUCUGAAGUUAGCUGCCAACCGCUCUCCUGAGUCUCGUGCUUAACGGUUUGGGCUUUUUUCUUACUUUUUUGAAAAAAAAAACCCAAAACCCCAGCCCCCACCCCCGCCUUCCACCCUUAACGGAAAUUUUGGCCGGUCAGUUAGAGGGGGGCGGGGAAGGAGGGAACUAAAGGCCCGUCAGUUCCUUCCGCUUCACCUCUUCAGGGCUCCCUCCGCUGCUCCCCGCUUCCCUUGCCUCGGAGAGGUGCCCGGGGGAGGCGGGGAGGGGAGGGGAGGGAGGACACCCCCGCGGAAAGCUCGCCUUUCUCCUUCAUGAGCGGGUGAGCGAAGUGGUCCAACAGCCUCUCCUCCUCCUCCUCCUCCUCCUCCUCCUCUCGCUCCCCUCAGAAGCAUAACGGUAAAAUCUGACGCUCCUUAUUUCUCUCUCCGUGACACUUUUUUGGGGGGGAGUGGGGGACAUAAAACAUUUUUAUACCGCUUUCGCUAAGCUAACAGACUUUGAAAGAAGUUGGUGUCUUAAAGUAUAACAACAAAAAACUGUGUCGAGACAACGAACUCUAAUCGCAGUUGAUCAGCAAAUCAGAUCUUCGGUUUUUUUGUGGGGAGGGGAGUAAGUUUUGGAAACUCCCCUCAUGUAUAGGGAAACUCACUGUGUACGUGAAAGAUAUAUAGCUAAAGGCUCCAUCCCUGCCAAAAUGGGUGCCAUCCCCGAUUUGUGUGCCGGAGAAGCAUCGUUUUAUUGGAUGCCCAUGGUCCUUAAUCUAUGCCUUAAUGUGUGUUGCGUUGUGAUAAUUCAAGCUGAGUGACUUUCUUUUUCAGUGCUGAAAAGGGCUUGGGGGAGGAGAAAGAGUAUUAAAAGCAAGUUAUCUUAAAGCUGACUGGAAAGGGCCUGAGUCAUGGUUGUGGAGCAGAUCUUACACCUCUGACAAAAUAAGUGGGGGAAAUGGCUAUGAUGUCCUGGGAGGAAGGCUGUUCACUGCACCAUGGCAGGAGGAAAAAUUCCAAAAUGGUGCAAGUCACUAUUUAAAAGUGCUGGUGUGUUUAACACAGAUGUCUUCUUUCUUCACACAUCAAAUGUAGUACAUUUUAUGAAAUGGCAGACUUGUUUUCUAGGAAGGUGUAAUCUAAUGAAAGGUCUGUGCUAAUUGAGAUUUUUUUCAUUGUGUUUCAUCUAUUGAUUCCCUCCUCCUCCAGUGACAACUAAUGUAGUAUAGACCAGGAGACUCAUAUUAGAAUCCGUGCUCAAUCACAAACCUUGCUCUCAGCCUAACUUAACCUCACAAGGUGGUUAUGAGGAUAAUAUGUGAAGGGGGUAUGUGCUUCUUGGAGUGGAAUAAAAAUGUACAUGUGAUUAUUAAUAUUACAGCAUUAUGGUACCUUUUUUGGGACCAACCAAGAAUGUCACAAAAACAUGACAGGCUUUCAAAUUCUCCAGAACCUUUCCUCAGGCAAAAUUUUGCACAAAGCAGGGGAAAGGGUGAUGAGGAAGAGGAAGCAACUUGAAAGAAAUUAGGCUGAUACAGCCAUGAGGUUAGUUUAUAGACUUGGUUUCAAGAUUAAUAUUGCAGGAUGAAAAUGUCCCUCACAUGUGCUGCUGUGAUAUAUAUACUUAGGGUUCUGGGGAAAAGAAGCAAUGGCUGCUUUCCAUCUCUGAGAAAUUGAAGUCUGGCUUGUAACUUCAGGUUGAUAAAUAAGAAUCUAAGCAUCCUUUGUCUCCCAUUAUUUGGCACAACCAUAACCAUCUGUUUUAGUGCUCCUAAAAGAAAGUUGAAUGAUGCUGUUGCUGACUUGAUACUGAAUAUAUAUGGUGUGUACUGGGUUUUAGGGGAGGGGUAGUACCUCCCCUCAUCAUGCUUCUUUCGGAGUAGUUUGUUCACCUUUGGUCCCCACCUUGCACUCAGCUCUCACCAGUGACUCCUAGACUCUGCCAGCUCAGCAUGCAACAGCAGCCAUACCUGAGGUAACGGCUUUGACUAGUUGGCUAAACCAGAUGAGGGUAGCUAAUGGAUCUCAAAACCUUGGUGACUUAGGAACGUCUCCUGUAUGCAGACACUUUCCAGCAGAUUGAGUGGAUGAAACCAAUAGCGGGCCCAAUGGCCAAGAAGGUGGUUUCUGUAUGUGCUGUAGAGGGAAGUGAGGGACAGAUGGGGCUCAUCAACAUGGGAAGGUAUCCCAUCUAGGAGAAGGAAAACUGAUCCUAAAUUUCCUCUGCCUUGAGGGAUAUCUUCUGGAGAAGAAAUCUGGAGUGGAGUCCUUAAGGCGCUUAGAUUGUGCCUUGUACACCUUCUGGCAACUCCCGCAGCCAAGCUGGUGUCAAACAUAUUGCUCUGCUUUCCUUUGGACCACAUCAUUAUGCCGAGAGGGUAUUGUUGUCUGGGCAGCCCAAGAUUUCCAUAUACACUGUCCAGGCUUGUGCCCCAAGGUCACGCUGGUGCUACUACAGCAGCAUUUUGACUUCACCCCCAGAGGUGUACCCCAUUGUCUCUUGAAACAGACAGAUGCCAACAACUGAAUAUAUUUACCUGCCUGUUAAAGAAUUAGAAAUGUGACUUGUGCAAGUAAUUAAUCCCUGAAACAUGGGUCCAGUGCAAAUGUAACUCUGCCCAGUUGCCUAAUUCCUCCCUCAUCUCUUUAUCUUUCAAAGCUAAUUGUGGUUAGCAUUACAACUAAAGUGGCAUUUUCAAUUUUAAUUAUUGUCAACAAAUCAGUUAAUUUUUUUUGAAAUCAUGGUUGCAAACUGUGGUUAGCAUUAGCUUUAUUGUAAAUGUAAUGCUCAUCAUAGUUUGUUCAAAAAACAAAGAAGGGGAAACACCUUCGUGAGAGGAGAUAAAUUCAUGUGCCUGCAUCAGGGAUGGGGAACCUUUGGUCCAUGGGCCUAAUUUGGCUUGCCAAGCCUGCCCACUUGGUCCAUGAGGCAGUUUUGGCCAAGCCAUGUUUGCCCUAUGCCUGGCAUGUUUGAUAUCAGAUGUGGGGCUUGGACAAAAGGGGCUGAUGCCUGCAAAGCCCUUUGUGCAGUGCCUCUGAGUAACUAUUUUAGUUAUUUUUUUGCUCCUCCAUUGGCAGGGGUAGAAAAAAGGAAACAGGUGUGCGAAGAAUUGUAUAUUUGCACGGUAUUCCGUGAAAUAUUCUGUCCCUUGCUGAUCCUGUUCUUCUUCUCUUUGUAACAGAGCUUGAACAUGCACACGGAAAAGGUCUGAGCAGGUUCUGCUGCUUUUUCCUUUUGUGCGCAAAGUUUAUUGAUCUGCCCUGUGCUGUUCUCACCCAAGUCUCGGUGUAUAUAAUAUGCUGAGCUAGUUUUGGUGCAGUGCUUGAUGUUCAGCAUAGUUGCAUCUCUCUGUUCCCAGCAUUUGGAUAAGCUGAAGAAACUAGUUACUAGGAUAUGAGGCUCGUAUCUUUUUCUGUGGUGCCAAGAUGCUUGCAUGUGAUACCUAAAUACAGUUGGAUUUUCAGUUAACAAAAGUAAUAGCAACAGGGCUGAAAAUAUACUAGUUUGUGGUAGCUUAGCAUAACCAAAUGCAUGUUCACGCAUAAUGGUGCAUAUGUGUGUCCUUGUCAAUUUCAGCAUCAGUUGAACAGCAGUGUGUACUAAAAUCUGACAUACAACAGGACAUUUGGAGUAGUAAGGCAUUCAGUGAUUAUUGUGUUUAGAAAUAAUGCUAAGCCAUGAAGUUCACUUUGUGCAACUCUGCUGUGCAGACAACUUUUCAGUGUUGAAGCUAGAACUUGGGGCUUGUUAUCAGCUUCCUGAACAUGUUUUGUUUAGGAGAAAUAAAGUGUGAAUACUGUAUUUACAGCAUAUCACAGAAAGUACUUAGGCACUUCCCUUAAGCAACUGGUUACAUAAAUAUUGUGGGAACUGUGGGAUGCUUGCUGGAACAUGCAUAAGACUGCAUGUAAGGACUUAUAGCACAGCUACUUCCACAACAUGGUUAAUAUAAUCACAAUAAACAGUUGGUAUUUAUUUUUGACUAGUGAAGUCAUGAUAAAACUGUAGUAGCUCAGUUCCCUUGUGUUGACCAACAAAUAUUUUCCCUUGACCAGCAAAUAUUUCCUCCCGCACCUUAAUUGCCUGACAGAACAAUGGGACUUGCAAAAGCAUUUUUGUAUUCCAUUUUGGAAAAUGAUGUUUUUGAACUGGGGGCUGGGGCUGCACAGUUUUCUUAAUCCAGUUAUAUUCACGUUUCCAAUACAUUGUUAGACACAGAAUUCAAUUGUUAAAUCUGUCUUUUUCAAAAGCAGGUCACACUUAAUCUCAGAAAGAAAUCUUCCUUUCACUGUUGAAAAUAAAUGUUCACUUAAUUUAUAGUAUUGUGACUAUAUGGUAGCUACAGCUUUCUGACAAACUCCUAUUUACUUCAAUAAUUUGAAAAAUCCUUUUUUAGUAAGAUGAACCUACGGAAAAUGUGAGGGACGUGCUAGUAAGCUUACAAUAAUAGAAAUAUUCAGGCAAGCAUUUUACUUCCAUGUAAGCAAAUAUGCAAGGGAGAGUUUCGGUGUUCUGCCAAGCCCUGCCCCCCUCUGUACAUCACUUUCACCCUGUUUACAGCCUUGCUUGUGGAGGGCUGUAAUCAUGUUGAAAGUUAAACAGAUUUUUGACUUGAUCAGUGUCAUUGUAACCACAUAUAAUGUAGAAGCAACUGAUACUAAUCUUAUUAAAAUCUUGAGUCUGUUGUUAACCCUAUAAAUUAUUUUUAAGAACCAAAUUCCCCUGUAGUGCUACAUAGUACUAGUCAGAGUCCAAUACCAUUCAUUAAAUGCUCAUUUUUGCCUUUGUUAUUUUGGAAACAAGGACAGUAUAAUAAACUAAGUUUCCCCAGAGACCAUAUGUAAUGAAUUAAGAAGCAACUUCACUUCUUGUUGAGAGACAAUUUGAUGCUGUUUGGUAAAUGGGCACCAGAGCUUGAAUAUAUAAACUACUUUAAUUGCUUUUACCCAAUGUCUAGGCUUGCUGAUUAAAUGUUCACAGAACAGGUGGUCUUGAGCAUUGCCAGAAUUAGUGUUCCCAAGUUAAGGACAAAUUAUUCUUGUUGCUUAAAGCUAAGUUAACGCUCCCUUUUAUUUUAAGGGGUGCUGCAGUAGAAAUGAGUAUGAGAGAUGUAUGCUGUGAAGUCUGCUUUGAGAUUUCCAAGGGAGCAACACCAUGUGCCUCACUGUAAUAGUUCUCCUACACACAAAUAGAACAUUUUGAAGAGAGGGCUUCAUUACAUACGCAGCCACUGCUUGAAGAUGUUGAGAAAUACAAAUUGAAGUUGUAGUCUUAUUGGACAAGCAUAUUAUCCAUUUGUUUGCAUCUCUACGAUGCCGUGGAAAAACCCAUUUCAAACUUGGUCAUCAGAAGUACCAACAUCAUGUCCCCUCUCCCACACCACCAGAAUGAUUGGUCCUAUUAAUCUUGAAAAACCAAGCUCAACUGAUCAUGUUUUGUAUUGCAUUCUUGGCACAAUGUUAGCCUGAACAAAAGCAAGGGAACAAUACACACAGCCCUGCUGGUUUGAAUAAAAUCUGGAUUAUCAGCAGUAUGGUAAACAUUUUAACUGUGGCUGACCACAGAUGUGGCUUUUGAAAAUCCUCCUAUUUGGCUGUAAGAAACAGAAGAAUUUACUGGAAUCUAGUUCUGUUAUUGAAAAGUUCAUUUGCUGUGUAUUUUGUUCUUGUACUUUUCAGAGUAGAUAAGAAAGCAAGUUAGAAAAAUAAUUUAAACAUAAAAAUUCUUGACAAACAUGGAAUAUCAGCAGAAUGUUACUUAAUUGUACAACUUUUAGUUUUACGUUUGUUUUUUUUUAAAAAAUUGAUUUGAUUUCAAGCCUGGCAAAUUCAGUGCCAUGUUACUGUAAACAAAGUGAGGAAAUCUUUGCUUCCUGUAGCUUUCAAGGAAGUAUUGCACAUACACCAGCAAAGGACAUAAGGUAAAUGAGUUUGAAAUAACAAAAUUCACUUCUAGUGCUUAUUUGUGAAAUAUUUCUAUAAGAGCAUUUAGCUGGUUUCCGUAACAGCUGACAAACUGUAAGUUUAUGAAUAGUUGUGUUUACUGUGUCUCCUUAAGGAGAAAAGUUGUAAAAUAGAUGUGCAUGCAACCUCUGUUGCUAUAAAGCAUAGAGGGAUACAUUAUUUCUAAAAUACCACUUAUGGACUAAAAUUAAUGUAUUUUGUAUUAAAGUAAUUAUCAUUAUCUACAUAUUGAAAAUAAUGCCUAAAAGGUCUGAGAUUUGGAGAAUAAUACAGGUUGCACAAAUGUGUAUUUUUAAAAUAAUGACUAGGUCUGCAGAACAUGUUAAACUUCUGUAUUGCCUUUUUUCAAAGUUUGAUGUGUAUACAAAUUCAUAAGAUAACAUGUCAACAGACAAUAGAAGGAUAAAAGAAUAAAAAACACAAAAUCACUGUAUAUACUCGAGUAUAAGCCGACCCGAAUAUAAGCCGAGGCACCUAAUUUUAGGACAAAAAACUGGGAAAACUUAUUGACUUGAGUAUAAGCCAGUUCACCACACCACAAACCUGGUGGUGACGGCAGCGGAGUAGGAAGAACAAGCGGCCCGAAAAGGCUGCUUUUGGGCUGCUCGUUCCACCGCUGCUGACAGCGGAAAAGGCGGAGAAGGAGGAAGGAGCAGCCCGAAAGGGCUCCUUUUGGGCUGCUCGUUCCCCCUCCGCUGCCGCCAAUAGCAGCAAAGGCGGCGGAGGAGAAAGGAGCAGCCGCUUAUCCCUCCGCCACCUCCUCUGCCACUUGCAAGAGCAGGCAUAGGAGCCUGGUUGGGAGAGGCGCAGCACAGCGUCUCUACCAGCCGCGGCUCCUGUGCCUGCCCUCGUCCCUCCUGUGCCUGCCCUCGUCCCUCUGCAGCCGCCCGCCUCACUCGAGUAUAAGCUGAGGCAGGCUUUUUCAGCAUAAAAAAUAUGCUGAAAAAGUUGGCUUAUAUUCGAGUAUAUACAGUAGUAUUAACUUAAAUAAUAGCUGUCUGAAACACAGGCAGUUAUAAAACUUUCUCUUACAACUGUUUAGAUAUUUCUUUUUUUGGUCUUCAGGCUAAAUACAUGUACCCCAUGUACAGAUUUUCAUAUUUUUAUUGAUUCUAGGAUAGUUGUUUCUGUUUUCUUGCACUGAAAACAGGGGAGAUGUUGAACGUAAUCAAGGCAGGCACAUUCUGAUUUUUGAGACAGUCUUUAACAUCUGCUCAUAUUUGCUGUGUAGCAAUAUUUGCAGAAAAUAACUUCUAGGGCCUACCUGAUCUCAAACCUAUCAUAGGGAAGAUCUAUCCUGGUGGCUAGGGGAAAAGGAAUGGCAAACUACAGAGAUUCCAGGGAAAGUGCAUUCAAAAGGAAGAGAAUACAGCAGGUCUUUAGGAGCAGGAGCCCUGUGAUUCAUGUUGCCUGGUAUCCAAACAACUCAUUUAUCACUGACUUCACUCAAUUGUUAAAAUAUCUGAGAAACAGGAGCAGCCAGAUUGGCUUAUUUCACAGAAAUUGCUAUGAAUACCUGCACAUUUUGGUUUAUAAAUUUCUUUCUUGGAGUGCUAGACACUUUUUAAAAAAAUCAAAUGAAAGUUUAUAGUUUAGGGCCUCUGGCUAGAGCACCAGUGAAGGCUUUUGUGGGUACCAGCUUGACAGUUCCCAAUCUAAAUGGACUGCUGAUCUGAUCCAGUAAAAUCAGUUGAUAUGUUUUGUUUGAUAACUAAAUAAAGAAUGCACAGAAUACUGAGCAAAUGUAUGCUUGCUUCCCCUAAAAGCAGGGGCACUGCUAAGUACUUAAAGGAUUCAGGAACAGGCUUACAACACAGAUUUGCAAAUGAAGAUAGUGGAUGGCUGUGAUCCUAUGGGCACUGCACUUUGCAUUGAGCCUAACUGCCAUGUAAACAAAGUAAAAAAAUAAAAAGGUAGAAAAGGGCAGGAAUCCUGCCACAUACAACAGUGCCCCUGCUUAAUAGAUAAAGUGGUUUACUUGUGCAAAUUAUUUUACUGCAAUGGGUUGGUACAGCUUGUUUUCCAAAUUACAAAUCUAUAUUAAUUCACUCAUUUUUUAAAUUAAAUUUCAGCGUUGUGUGGUACUACGUUUUUUGAAGUUUCCUCCAAAUCGAGACAAGGUGAGACCAUUAUCAUUUGUUAUUCCCUUUUAUCCUUCUUGUUUCCCACCAAAGAAAUUUCAGCUAGUUCUAUUUAAAAAGGAGAAUUAAUUUUCAUUCCCACUUUCUGUGAGCUCAAGGAGGCCUCAGCAUUAUUUUUUAAAAAAACCAACAGCAGCUUGAUUAAAACAUUAUCUGAGAUCUGAGGAUUUGCAAUCCUUUGAUUAGCUGGGCUUUUAACCAAUUAGUAGAUUGAGAUAUUGCCAGAUCUUGAUAAACGUGCUUUUGAUGAUCUUCAGUGAAAAGCACUGUAGAAUAGUAACUAUUCAUAUGAAUUAUUUCAUUGUAAUAAGCAAAAAUGGCUCCAGUAGAAGAAACAAAGUCAAUGCAUAUUAGUAUUGCAGAAGACUUGGGAUUUUAGAACACAGUUUGAUAAUCGGUUAGAUCCCCCUGUGGAGAAGUGUCUUUGCUAACCGGAUUUUGAAAAUCAAGUUUUGCAUAUGGGAGCAGUAGUAGAAAAACUUGCUGCUUAUAAUGGCUUGAUUCUCAUGUCACAUUAACCCAUAGUUUAAAAAUAUGGUUUGAUAUGAACAUGCAGCAUGCUGUUUUAUGUUGUAAACCUCCCUAUGAUCUUUGGAUGAGGGGUGGUAUAUAAAUUUAAUAAAUAAUGGUUGAGCACACUGCUAAAAAGCCGUCAUUGUGCCUUUCUCCCACUUCUGCUAUUGCCACUCCACAGGGACACAAGCCAGUAUAUGGCUUGUCGUGACAAAGGCCUGGCCGAAGGCCUGGCCCGGCUGCAGCUUGCCUCUCUGCAGCUGCAGGAGCUCAGCCACAUGGCAUUGAUGAGCGGGCCUGUAGUGAGGACACCUGGUUGCGCCCUUCAGAAUUUUGUGCCCAGAGCAAUUGCCCCUAUGGCCUUGCCACACCACUGCGUACAGCAAGAAGAUUUAAGCAACGUGUCACUUCUAUUUAAAUUCAUUUCUGACUAAUAUGACAUGUGAGCCAGACCAUUUUGUUUGGUAGCUUAUGGUGGGUGUUGUGAACUUUGCAAAUUUAAAGUACAGUGGUAGCUCAGGUUACAUACGCUUCAGGUUACAGACUCCGCUAACCCAGAAAUAGUACCUCGGGUUAAGAAUUUUGCUUCAGGAUGUGAACAGAAAUUGUGCUCUGGCGCCGUGGUGGCAGCGGGAAGCCCCAUUAGCUAAAGUGGUGCUUCAGGUUAAGAACAGUUUCAGGUUAAGAACAGACCUCCGGAACGAAUUAAGUUCUUAACCCGAGGUAAUCUUUUUCAGAUGUUGUUUCUAAGUGGAUUUAACUGUUAUCUAGUAAUGCUGCAUAAUCUGUGUUUCAACAGCAAUUUAUAAUUUGUUUUUUAGACACCAGAAGAAAUCUUUCAACAUCUUCAGAACAUAGUAUACUUUGGCAAACAUAUAAUGAAGCAGUUUUUUGGGGAGAAGUAUGUUCACCAUGGGGUAACUAUUAUUUCUUGUUUCAUUUAGUGUUUUUCCUACUGUUGUGUUUUUGUUAACAUCUGUAGCCAAGCUGGUUGGUUUGGUUUUUGUAUGAAGGAACAUUGCAUUAAAUCUCCAUAUUUAACCUGCUUUUAGAUUGCUCAUAUAGAACAUAGAGCAGUGGACAAAAUGUCUAUUAUGUAUCUCUAGGAUUAGUUGUGCUCACCUUUGCAGCAUAGACUGAGCUGUAGAGUAGCAACAGGAGUGUGUGUGGGUUUCCUGUGACUCUAUUGACUGUUCAAUCUUAAUUCUGCUACUAAAAUUUUAAAAUACCCCAAUUCUGAUAGGUUAUCCUUCAGUUGAGUGAGGAAUGUAGUAAACAUUUACUCCUUUUUUUAAAAAAAAGGUCUUAAAAUGUUUAUGUGAAAAGAAUCUCUGAAGAAAAAUGUAACUUGUAUACUACUUCCUUAUGAAAAUGUAAACUGUUGCAUAUGAAAGAAUCCCAAAGCUCUAUAUUUGAAGGAAAAGAGGACCCCCCCCCCAUUAGCAUGAUGCUACCUUUAUAUCAGACUACUGUUUCUUCCAAGGAGAACUCUUCUCUGAUGUGUAUGUUCUUAAUGUCUUUAAUUUUUUUGUAUUGUCUGAUUCCCUGGGCUCCUUUUAUGAAAAAGGGCAGGAUGAAUGGAUAGUUACAAAGCUGACCUAUCAGAAAAACCGCCCUACUCUUACAGGGCCAUUUUCUGUGCUUCAUUAUCAAUUGAUCAAAAAAUUUAAAACUGUUCUGGUUGAUUGCUACUUAGAUAUAAAAGAGAAAAUACUACUUAAAUAUUUAAAUAUACUACUUAAAUAUUAAAUAUUCAGCAGUAACCUGAAUAUUCCUAAGAAGUGCAUAUUGCUUAAGAUUGGAGUCUCCUUUGAGUUCAGUGGAAAGCCUAAUCAGCCUUGUCUCUUCAAGGAAAGGUGAUGGAGCGCUGGGGACUUUCCACUUAAUUUAUUCUCCUGAAUUCCAGCUGGAGUGUUUAAUGCUAAUGAUUAAUGACUUAAGGGCUGUUUGCUCCUGACUGAUAAACUUAAAAUGUGAAGACAUUUUUUCAGUCACUGCUGUGGCUACAGAAGUGCUUAGGAGCUUAGCACAUAGUGACAAAUGGGACGAACUGUUAAUGUAAAUAUGAGUACUUCUUACUAGGAAUGUGACAUAACUUGAACACCGGUUUUUCCCAUUUGUCACAAUUACGGUUUUAUAAGAAGAGUUGGGCAAGAUUGCCAGACAAAACUAUUUUUCCCCACUAUAGGAAUGUCAUGUAAAUUUUUGUCUUUUUUCAUUCCACCUUUCCACCUAAAGGAUCCUCAAAGUGACUCUGUUUCAAGUCAGUGCUCUUUCACAAUUCAUUGUGUAAAAUAAUGUUUCCUUUUUUCUUUAGGAAGUUGUGCAGCUGUCUUUGGACUUUCUGAAACAGCUUUGUUUAAAGAUCCAGUCAGAGAGGCCAGGUAAGGAAUUAAAAUAAUGGCAUGACUACUUGCACAAAAUAUGGAAUGUGCCUUAUCUGAAAUCUGCUUUAAAAAAAAUACAGAAUUGCAAAAUGUGUCACACAUGUUAAUCAGUAUUGGAAAUGCUUUCUUGGUUGCCUUAGAGAAUUGAAUUGCCUCUCAAGUGAGCAGGCAAGAGAGCCAUGUGUGCACCCUCUGCAAUUUUGGGGUUGGUGUGUGAGAGUUUUUACUUUUCCCAUUUCCUGGAAGGCAAAAUGGGGCUGUUAUGUGUCCUUAUUUCUGGAGGCAGAGUAUAGGGGUUGCUUUUCUGAACACCCUCCCUCCUUGGAGACAGAGAAACAUCUUUGUGCACUGCUCCAGAAUGGAGCACCAGAAUUCUGAAGACUACUGCUGACUGUGAGUCUCUUUCCUGGAAGGGAAGGGUGAGGAGAAAAUGUCACACGCUGCCUCCAAAAGUGAGACAUUUUCUGGCUAGAUCGAUUCCUCCAGUAUCUGAGCUCUUUGUUUUCAUUUGAGUCUUUCUUAUGCACCUGGGGCAUAAAUGAAAUUUGGAUGGAUUCUGCCCACCUGAUUCUCUUAUUGUCUACUAGUUUCAUCUUGUCCAAGGAUUUUUGUUAGGGGGCAAAACAGCUGUCCCCCCCCCCCGAAUAACCCUACAAAAAUGAUUUUUCCCCUUCUGUGAAAUUAAUAAAGGUAGGUGCUGCCCUCAAUUACCUCUGUCUACAGAUGCAUCUAAGUUAAGCAUAACCUGAAUAAUUCCCUGUAUGCAUUGCCUCUCUCCAUCCAUACCUCCCAUGGAAUGUUUGUGGAGUUGAGUUUCUGUUUGGUAGCAGGUGGGCACUAGUACUUUUCUAAAGGAGUGUUUCAGUUAUGGUGUAUGUUUGCAUUUGAAUCGAAUUGUUUGGCAGUGAAGCUUGUGCAGGUUAAUAGUUUAAGGUGGUGUUUCUGAAAAGUUAGCCAGGCCCAUGCAAACAUGUUAUAUCACCAAGAUGAUAAAGAAUAUAAUCCCUCUUUCAAAAUAAACUUGCCCUAAAAUAAACUUGUCCUCAUUAGGGAUAAAAAAUAGUACAAUGGCCUAUUGUUUUGGUAAAGCUGGCGCAUUUGUAUUUGGAUGCAAAAUGAUACACAACCCGAGGCCUUGCUAAGAGGGAGAAAAUUUGCUUAAUAUUUGAAUGGUGGGUCACUUAGUCCUGGUGAAAUUCCAGUUCCCGUGAUUAAUGGAGCCUAAUUUAUUUGUGCAUAUAAUCCUGGUGGAUGAAUUAUUCACUUCUCUUCUUAGAUCUAACAAUAUUGUGCAGUGUUGCUGGCUCAGAUAAAUUCUGUUCUAGGUGUCACACCUGUUAAAUUAGCCAUUUUCUGCAGCAUGGUGCAGAUUCUUCUGUCAGGUCAGGUCAGGUAAAUUUACAGGCUUGCAUUUCUCAAGCAGCUACUUCACAACCAGUGCAUAAAAUCACAGUGGUUUUUUUGUAAAGGUUUCAAAGAUGUGCUGGUAUUCAUGCAUAUAGUUUCGGCAAACCAAAUUCUCUAACUUUGGGAAGCAUUUGCAAAAGGAAAGUUAAAACUAUGCAUGUCAAAUGUUAUAAAACACUCUGGCUAGAAAAUAGCUUAUGCUCUAUUUAUAACUGCACUUGACUGAACUUUUCUCUGGCAUUUAUGUUGCUUUGGAGAAGGGACACAAAACAAAGUUAUUGACCUCUUGUAGUAAACUUCAUGGAGGCUUUUGACAGAAUAAUGUUGCCUGCAAUUUUAUUCUACCCUUCCUUCCUCCAAAGAACUCAGAGCAGCACUUGUAGCCUCAACAAUUACUCUGAGGUAGGUUAAAGCUGUUUGUGCCUCAUAGUCAGCAGGGACUUAAUGUGGGUUUCCCAUGUUGAAGCCCAGAAGCUUAGCCAUGGUACCACAUUGAUUCUUUGGUCAGUUUAAAAGACUUGCUGAACUGCCUCUGGCCUUACUGUCCUGUAGUUAAUGUACAGUGGUACCUCGGGUUAAGUACUUAAUUCGCUCCAGAGGUCUGUUCUUAACCUGAAGCACCACUUUAGCUAAUGGGGCCUCCUGCUGCCGCGCCGCUGGAGCACGAUUUCUGUUCUCAUCCUGAAGCAAAGUUCUUAACCUGAGGUACUAUUUCUGGGUUAGCGGAGUGUGUAACCUGAAGCGUAUGUAACCUGAAGCAUAUGUAACCCAAGGUACCACUGUAGUUCUUUCUAAGUAGUAGUUGCUUUUGCAGCAUCUUGUACAAAGAUGUUAAUAGAUUAUGCUUUUAGUCUAAAGAUUGUAUAUGAUUCUGGACUUCAAAGAGAUCUUUCUGUGUUUAUGGAAAAUUUUACAAAAUAGUUUCCAGUUGUGCGAAUAACUUAAUGGAAGUCCUGUUUUAUUAGUGCGUAGCUGGUAAAAAUCAGAACCUCUUAGAUACUGUAUGAUGCAAACAUUUGUAGUAAGUGUAAUCACACUAGCUAAGUGCUUUGAAAAUGCAGGGUUUGCUGGACCACUUAAGCAAUGGAACCAUGCCUCCAGAUUGUUGGUCCUGCUUCACACACAUGACUUCCUCUCUGGAAUAAAGCCACAAAAUACAGUUUGUCCUUGCAUUUGAAGUGUCCUGCUAGCUUACUGUGGCUGUCAAGUUGUCUGUGCACAACAGCAUUGGUGCUACAUCAUGCUUGAUGUAGCAGUUCUUUUUGCCUGAAUGACUGUGGCACCUUGUGUCUCCCACUACAUGUUUAUGGGGUCUGCCUUUCUUGCACUUACUUCAGGAGACAUGAGUAAAGAGUGAUACUUAAUUUUGCUUCUGAAGAAGAUGGGAUUAGGAGAGAAUGGCCUUUUCUAAAAGUAUUUUUGAUGCCUGCUAGACGGGCGGACUGUUAUGUAUUAAAGAGGCAGGUUGUUUGGGUGAAAUGCAAAGUGUUCUUGCUCUUAUAUAGGUGAAAACAUGCUUGGAGAUCCCUUUUACUCAAGUUUUUGAAUGUUUGGCUUGACUGUGCUGGUUCACAAAAGCCACAUCAAAGGUGUUUUCUGCUUAAACUCUGAAACAUUUGGUGUAGUUCUUCUAUUGGUCGGUUUUAUUACACUUAUAGGGACACUUCCUUUGAAGUCCAGAGUAGCUUACACUUGGGCUCUAAGGUAGCUUCACAGCCAAGUACUGACUAGACUUUUAAGGCACGCUUAUGUUAAGCAGUGGAACAACAUUGUGUGAUUUCAGUAUAUUCACGAAGGUAAAUGAAGCAGGAGUAUCUCCUGCAUGCAGGCGAAGCAGUGUAAUGUGGGUUCCUGUCUGUUUUCUUUUUACUUAUCGCAUUUCAUGAUGGAUACAGAUGCGGGAGAGACUAUUUCUGGAAAACUCUUCUACAGUGUAAUGUAAGACAACAUUUCCUCUUAAAGGUGGUAAACUGAUGGCUGUGAGUUUAUUUGUAUUGCCCAUAACACUUCAGCACUGAACAUGGAUGCAAACAGUUAUUUCUUUUUAUCCACAGAGUCUCGCUGUGAUAAAGACAUGGAUGCUCUUAGUGGUUAUGCUAUGUGCCUUCCUAACCUUACUAGGCUACAUGUUGUUGAACAUCGACCAAUACUUUGUGUAGAGAUUAAGGUGAGUCUGUCAGGAUUUUAAAAGCAAAAACAAACAAACAAACAAAAACCCCUCAACUUUGAACAGCCCCAUUCGCCUGGCAGCUGGUCUGUCAAGAAAAAUGUGUCUCAUUUUAAAUUAUUGGAGCCAAGGCCUGUUCUUGUAUACUCACUUUGUGUUUAGUAAUAACUAGUUGCUGAGAGUAUGAGCCCCUGUUUCUUUGGUCUUGCCACCCCUUCAACUCCCUGUGGAGCUAUUUUACUGGAAAUGAUGGGCCCCAAAGUACUUUGAAUUUGAACAGUCUGAAUUCUGUGUCACCGUUAGAGGUACAGUGAAGAGGUGAUUUGAUAUAAUAGGUGAAACGUUUUAUGCCAGCCAGUUGUUUAACUUUGUAUAAACAUUUGAACCUGUAGAAUUAGAAGCUUAGAGCAAUAAUAAUAAUAAUAAAUAAUACAGACUGUUUUCCCUCAUGCUGAGAGUUGCUCUUGUCACAAAGGAGAUAGGAACAGACAACAGGACUACAGAGAAUGAUUUUGUAUUUCUAUUUGAUAAUACAAAAGACAUGUAUAAAUGACCUCUUCUCAUUUAUGCAAAUUUAAAUUAUUUACAAACCUGAAAACUGAACAGUUAACACAUAACUCUUUCUAAAAACUACCAGUUAUGCGUUGGAUUGGUUAAAUGUUAGCUUAACUGAGGUGUUUUAUAGGUAUUGAGGGAGAUAUUGCUUUGGGAUGUAUCAGAAAUCAUUAAGGUAGCCCUUCUCUAUAUUAAUCAGAGAGCAUGAAGAGAGAUAAUCCUGAUGUUCACAUGUAUCUGGGGUGGUGCGAAUAUAUACACUUCUACCAAAACUUAUUUAUGGAGAAAGGCUAGAUCCAGAGACAAAGACACUUCAAAUGUCAUUUUAGACCCCCUCACCCAAAUAGUGCCUUUUAAAUACAAAGUGUGCUAAUAAUUUUAAUAUAUUUAAAUAUUUAUUCUUGCAGCCCAAAUGUGGCUUCCUCCCUUUCUCCAGUCAUGUUUCACAGGAAAUAAAGCACAAAGUAUGUCGUUACUGCAUGCAUCAACAUCUAAAGGUAAUGUCUUAUCUACAAGAUAUUCCCCCCCUUUGGUUAGUAAAAUGAUAGAACUAACAUUCCAUCUUGGGUACAGUCCACCAAACAAGAACUAUUGAAAUUGUGCCUAUUGCUUGCUUUACUGAAACAUAUUUUAAGGAGAUUAGUACUUGCAUAUAAUUUUGUUUUCUCUAAGGAAUAAAUAAAGUACCAUUCUUAGUUGAGCAUUUUUGGGUGUAAUUGAGAACUGGGAUGCCUCAGAGCAUGAGACUCUUAAUCUCAGGGUUGCGGGUUCAGGUCCCAUGUUGGGUGAGAUUCCUGCAUUGCACUGGGUUGGACUAGAUUACCCUUGUGGCAUCUUCCAACUCUACACUUCUAUGAUUCUGUGAAUGCCUUUAUGAUAAAAAAAUAUGAAAAAACUCAUUUAACCCACUGUGUCUUCAUCAAAAAGCAUUAGUGUAACUUCUUAUGUUCCUUGACAUAUUGUUUUCAUUGAGAAACAUAUAGAUUUAUGUGGAGGAGAAUUUCCACAUCACCAUAGACCUUUCUGCACUUGCAAAAAUUCUCUACAUUACAGUGAAACUAGAGACGAAAUGCUUUUGUUAGAGAAAACAAAAGACAAGUAACUGCUAGAUGAUCAAAUCUUAACAUUUAACAGGUGAUGUUAUAUGACAAAUAACAUGUGGACACCACUGAAGUUUAAAUUGCAUGAGCUACUUGUAUAUUUGAGAUCCUAAAGGUUCUACGGGUGUAAUGCUUGUUGCAGAUGUUUUCUAGAAAAUGUGACUACAUAAUUGGGAUCUCCCCUUGUACUCAUAAAUAAUGUGUUUUAACAGGUAGCAAAAGGAAAGUGGAAACGGCAAAGUAAAUAUUGUCCUCUGGAUCUCUUCUCAGGGUGAGAGCUGUUACGUUUUUAUGAAUGCUUUGUGUUAGGUUUGUAUCACUACCAUUAAUACUUCUUAUUUACUGUUACUUAAUUUAUUUAUUUUUAAAUUUCUGUAUUGCUUUGUAUUUUUAAUAAAAAUCUUUUCAAUUUUGUGUAGGGUCAGGUGCUAUAGGUGCUGAAUGAAAGGCAAGGAUAGUAUUCCUAGCUUGAGAAUCUUCUCUGUUAGAGAAAAAAGGAUGGGUUCUGGUGGAGAUAUCAAAGGGGCAAGUAAUGUGGCGAUGGCAGUUACGGGCAAGUGUAAAUGUGGCUUCAGAAAGACCUUGCUGAAGAAGGAGGUCUUGAAGAUGGUGCCCAAGCAUUAGAGGCAGGUUUCUUGAGAAUAAAGGUUAGGAAGGAAAUAUUGAGUACAGAUUAGAGGCAGCAAGAGUGUUUUAGUGUUUGCCUGGUCACAUUUCUUCAUUUUAAAUAGUCCAAUGUGGUUUUCCUUUUAGAAAUAAACAGCGAAUGCACUUUGCCUUGAGAAGUCUGCUACAGGAAGCACAGAAUAACUUAAAAAUAUUUAAGGUAAGGUGCACUGGAAAUUGCAAUAAGUUUUUGUUCUUCACCAUGUCUGUUGCCCCUUGUUAGUAUGCUUUACUGUGUGACCAGCUGCUAGUCCCACAAACUUAAAUACAACAAGGUCAGUCUUUACUGGAUAAAAAUUGGAUACAUAUUGAUGCAUAUAGAAACAAAGUUAUUUAUUUCAUUUCCUAAAAUAAAAAAAUCUGUAGAGAUAGGCAAGGAAAUGGAGGAAGUGCAAAUAUGGUUAUGUAACGUUGAAUUGAAGUGUGAAACUACUGCCUGUUGCUGUCAAAGAGGACAUAGAGGCUUAUUUUUUAUCUUAGUACUAAGUACCACAGUACCAAUAUUUGCAAUGUCAGCUACAAAGAUCAUAUGAUGAGAAAGAUCUGUUAUCAUAUGACUUCCGGUGGCUGACAUGUUGGUGUGUUUUACUCAAAAUGAUCUUAUUAGCCAAAUUCAAAGGCCUGGUGGGAUUAAUUAGACCUGAGGGCUAAAGGUUCUCCUGCUGUACUAAGCCAUAUUUUAGCAUUUGGCUUGCACACUUUUGAGAUGUUUGGAAGUGUUUACUUCUUGUUUAGAUUGACUGCAACUUGCCAUGUCUAAACAUGAUCCAACUGGCUUAAUCUUUCCUAUAGUUAGCUAAAAUGAGCCUGCUUCAAACCAUGUUUCAUAAAGCUGCUUUAUUUCAGUUAACCAUUGUCAAGAUUAACUACAUUUUAGGGUUCAGGCAACUUGUAAACUGGUUAAUAUAAAAUGAAAGAACUUGGUGAUUUCAUGACUGAAUAGCUGUGCAGUGUGAUCCCAAGGGUUGCUCACUCAGCCUUAUUAUUGCAGUGCCACCUAUAGAUAAGCAUUGCAUCUCAGCACAACCACUGACUGUCCUCCCGAGUCUCCUCGGUUUAUGUGAUGGUUCUUUUGGUGAAUCCUACCACAACAGAGACCAUGGGAGGAAUUCAAUGUCAUAAUCUUCUGAUUGUUCUGUCAGUGCAAGCAUUUCAGCUAGCCAGAUGAAAUGGUUCUCCAUCUCCCCCACCCUGCAUACUGUUCUGGGGGUUAUCCCAACCUCCAGAGCCAAUUUUUUUUUCGGGGGGGGGGGAUGUACUGGGGAGGAGAGGGUAAACACCCAUUGUGUAAGCGUAUGUCCUCAUUAGGUGUAUCCCGCCUGCUUUCUCAUUUUUUAGCCCUGUAUUAGCCAAAUUCAACAGGAUCUUUCCUUCCUAGUGGCAUUCAGAUAAGGUGUGUGGUGAACAUAAGGAAUUGUUCUAUAAAGGAAGUCUUUAUCUAGCACUUAAUCUCAUUAUAAACCAAAAUAGCAAACUUGACUAGUUGUACACCAGUACAUGGCUGUACAUACUCUGUGUUUUAAAAGUGCAGAGUCUGCUCCAUGAAAAGCUUAAUUCUAGAAACUACAAAAGUUCAUAAGCAAAUGUUUGUGUUUUGCAUUACUUGUUCCACUUUAAACUGAAAUAGUGAGAAUUCUGAAAUCUGCACCUGCAUGGCACAGUUGUAGAUUAAUGGCAUACAUGAGCCCUGUCUCCCUCUGCUGACUGUCUUUAGUUUUUGAUGGUACUGUUAGUAAUUUGAUCUGUUCAGUGGUGAGCCUGUACGUUAGCACAAUGAUCAAAUAAUGUUUUGAACAAACCUUGCCUUUAUUAAUUUGUUAAUAUGCUUUGUACCGAUUUAUCAGAUAAUUCUGAAGAAAGCAAAACGAGAGGAAAAAGACUUGCUUGCUAAAUAUACAUGGCUAACUAAUUCACUGAAGUCAGUGGGUGCCUUUCUAUCUAAUUUGUUUUUAAGUUGUGUUCUGUGUCAAUAACUUUUUUUGUUUAUCUUUUUUCCUGUCAGAGGCUAAGCUUCUUCCUCAUGACUUAUAAUUAGUAGUAUCCCACUUAGCAAUUGAAUAAGCUCCUUGUUUUAACUUAGGUUUGUAUUUUGGCCUUCUUCCAGAGAGCUGAGGCUGGAACUAUGCUUGGCAGUAGUUCUAGGUCUGAGAAACCAGGUUGCUGCUUAGCUCUUGAAAAAGUGGCAGUGGAGACUGAAAUUUGGAAGAGGAAAGCAGCAGCAUGGCUUCUUAAUCUCUAGCUAAGGUUUGCAGAUGUGUUUGCCCCUUCCUUUGCCUGCUGCUUUCCCUUGUCAAAUCACACCUUUCUCCUGCCGCACUUCAAUCUGGCUACCCAGAUUGUUCCCAGGCUUGAUCUGCUGCUGUACAUUUAGUUCACAACCUGACAAUAUCUCUGUGAGGUAGGAGAAGUGUCCCCUUAUGCAAGAUUAUUUAGUGUGCUUCACAGCUGAGCAGGAAUCAGUCCUUAGCUUCCCACUUUGAAACCCAGUUUUCCAAGCCACAAAAGCACAGGACAUACAAGCAUGCAGUGUCUGUUACUCCAUACAUUUUGCUAAUAUGAAAAAAUAAAAUUUUAGAUGUAUGACUUCUUUUCCCUUCCUGUUACAGAAUGGUGAGCUAAUUUAUGGUUGUAAAGAUAAUGAGGACGCUCUCUCUGAUUUGAAUGAACUUACUUGCCACCUGAAGCCUUUUUUCUUUCCUUCAAAUGGCCUGGUCAAUGGAACUCAUUGUACACGGACAGUUCUGAAAGAAUUAAUCCAUGUAAUAACAAUGGCUCUACUGAGUAGCACAGAUGCCUGCAAAGCAGGUGAUAUGAAGACAGUUCCCUCCUCACAAGGAAGGAGUUUCUGUGAAGCUAGUGCUUUCAGUAAAGAAAUAGCAAGAAAUGGUAAGCAAUUUCUGAGUUUCAUCUGCCCAUCUAGAAUUCAAAUGAUAAAAUACUGUACAGCAAGAUAUGCAUUGCUGUCAGUGUGGUUGCCACUGGGUUGAACUGUAAGUAAUCUCUGUCUAAUCUGGGUUUUCUGGCUUCCCAAUAAUGUGCUUAGCUUUUAAAUCAGAAAAUCUGCUAUGCUUCCGACCUUAAUACUUGUCAGGAAAGCAUACAAGUAUGAGUCUAGAUGUGCAUAUGCUUCCCCACUGUGUCUGCAUAAUAUACAUAAAAGUAUGUGAAUCAAUCAAUUACUUUAGUAAUCAUUUUUCAGAAUGCAUUGAUAAAAUGAUUGUCUGCACUGUAAUUUUCAAGUUGUCUAUUUGCUGCAAAGCCCCGUGUGUUUCACAUGUAUAUUGCAGAGUUUCCAAGAGAUUUUUCAGUGUAGAAAACGCAAAGCUAAUUCUGGGCAUCCCACUUCUUCAGACUUGUAGAAUUUGCAUAUUUUGUUUCUCUAGGCCUAUGCUGUUGCUUUUAGAGCUGUAGUUAAUAGAAUAUUUCAGCAGCUUCUGCACUUCCCCUCCUUGCCACGGACUGCUUGAAAAUUGAUGAGUCCUGACAGCAGAAGCCCGUGCAAGAACUGAUGCUUGUGCAUUGGGGCUUCCUCCCACUGUGCCUCCCUAAAUUAUCUCAUGAGGGUGUAGGAAAACCUCCAGAACAGCAUGUGGUGGGAGAUAAGGAGUACUUGCCCUAAUGAAACAAUCAACAUAGUGCAACAUUGAAAUGUUGAGAAAUAAAAGUGGCAAUAAAAACACAAUUAAAAAUCAAUAUGAAUACUGAAUGCACUGUACGUGCUGUUCACAAUUGCUGCUCCUGCUGUUCUUCAUGGCCACACUUGUAGACCACCUGAAUGAAGCUUGCAGACCACUGAUGGUCUGUGGACCAUAGUUUGGGAACCCCCGGAAUAUGGCAUUAAAAAUCUACACUGUGUAAAAUGUGCCUUUUAUACAAAACUUAGAUUUGCAAAGAUGUGCAUGAUUAAAAAUCAAUUAAAUCAGUUUGGUGAAAUUUUUCUUCUGAAUAACUUGAGGGUGGGGGACUGGGUAUUUUCAAAAUGUGCUAAGAUAAUAUUUCUUCUUAGGAUUGACUCUCAAAUAUUGUACAACUUGAGGCCUUGACAUUUAAAAAUGUAUGCCAUUUGCAAUAGUAUUAGCAUAUCACCAUAAAUCUUCCCUCAAUAUUGGGAGCAGUAAAGGACUUAUAUUUCUCUGUUGUUUUGGAAAUGUCCUUUCUAACUAGAGCUGAACAUUGAAUUACAGUGCCUCAUUGUUUCCUUUUUUGAACUGGGGGUACAAAUCUGGCUUUUGUUUUGAAAUACAUAAAUUGGGCAUGGUUAAUCUCCCCUGCUCCAUAACUUUGCUUUUGUUAGUUGUGAGCAGAGAGGUUUGUAUAUAUAUUUUUGUCAAACCAGUUUUGAAAACAUGCUUUCCUUUCAGGCAAAAAUAAAAUGGAGACCUCCGGCUUGCCCAAAGAAUGUCUCCUCUACAAAACCCUCCAGGCUCAGAUGCUGGAUAUGCUGGAUAUUGAGGGUGUAUAUCCUUUGUACAACAGAGUGGAGCAAUACUUGGAAGAGUUUCCCAAAGAGAGGUAAGAUUUCAUGGCACCAGUUUUUAACUUGUCAAGUGGAAUGGAGUAGAGCUUAGUGAAGCUCACUGAGCAAUGUGGAAGAUUGUUCUCAAAGGCUCAUUAAGGUUUCUUUAAAACUCGGAGGGCCUGUUCAGCUAUUCUAGGAUUAUCUUCACCAUGAUACUGGGGAUUAGGGCUUGCGGGAAGAUGCUGCAUUUAUUUGACCCUUCAGAUCUACCAGUUUAAGAAAACAAUGAUGUCACUCUAUGUACAGCUCUGAGUCGUAAUAUACAGCUUAGCUUAGCAUUUUGAGUAAAGAAGGUGGUCUGUAAUAUUACAACCUCUGCAUAAAUCCAGAAGUUAUACUGCAGAAAUUACCCACAGUUCACUGACCCAAAUGCCACACUACCAAUAUUGUUGGCAAUUGCCCUUCUUUCAUACCACAUUGGAUAAAGGACUCCUGUCACAAAAUAGCUUUUUUGACAGUUCUUGUUCUUAUUUACACAGCUUUUCUUUAACACAGUAAUAGUUAUUCACUUUCUGUGUUGGGAAAAGAAAGACAGUAAUGGGCUGGUUCUUAUAAAAUGCACACUCCUCCUCUGUUAAGAAGAGGAUCUACCAACAAUAUUGCAGUGUGGCAUUUGAGUUAAUGACAUAUGGAUUAUUUCUGCAGUUCUGGAAUAUAACAUUUGGACUGAUGCAGAGGUUGUAAUAUUCUUUUCUGCCAAUAUUGCUUUUGGUUUCAAAGAAUAUAACAUAUAGCAUAGUGUUAUAUGUGAACCAGGAGUGCUGGUUUAAAACAAACAAUGGUAUCUGAUAAACAAGCCAACUUCAAACUGUGGAUGGCGUUUUCAACUAACCAUUGCUUAUUUUAAACCAGGAUUCCUGGUUCACACAACACUAAGCUCAGUUUCUUCGAACCUGAAAUUAAACUCAGUAGAAGUGGACAUUGUUCAGGUUCACCCACACAGCACUACAUGCAGGGGUGGGGGAACCUGUCUGCUUCCAGACAACUCCCAUUAUCCCCUGACCAUUGGCCACGUUGGCUUGGGGUGAUGGGAGUUGGAAGUUGAACAUCAUCUGGAGGGCCAUAGGUUCCUCACCUCUGGGGACUAAACCAAAAUUUAAUGUUAAGUGCAAGCCAGUGGAUUCUGCUCACAUUAGGAAUUAAAGAGAGACUUCUGCAUUGUUAGGGACUUGCUUUGUUAGGGACUUGCUUCUUUCUAAGUCAGUGUAGACCCAAAAAACAAGAGUGUUGCUAAGUAUUUAUAUACUGAAUUUCUUAUUUCAAAAAGUACACACAAAGUACACACAAAUGGACUGACAAGUUGGUCUGGACUAUGAAGAGCAUCUUGCAGCAGUACAAAAACACUUUAAAAUGGACAUGACAGACUAGACAGAACCCUGAACAAAAGCACUUUGCUCUGCAACAUUUUUAUUUCAGGUUCUAUUUCAAAAACAAAAGACUAGAAUGUUACUUUGGAGAUGCCUUGUUUUUGCAAUAUUAGUUCCAUGGCUCAUCUCUUGUGAUUUUAGACAAAGGUCACUAGAGGGUGCAACAGCCUCACUUGUUAAAAACACUUUUUUUUUGAGCAGCUAGAUGUACGGUAAGAAAACAGCAGCGGAAACAAAUUUUGUGCAAUUGUUUAAUGAUACACAAAUAUAGUAUAAUCGGCAAUACAGUUAUGUAAUUCUAGUUUUUGACCUGUUCUCUAAUUGGUUUCCCCCCCUGUUUUUAAAGGAAUGUGCUACAGAUAGAUGGGCCUUAUAAUGAAUCAUUCUAUGAGAAGCUACUAGAUAUCUCAACUGAAGAUGAUGGAACAGUAGCAUAUGCACUGACAAAGGCAAGGAUCCGAAGUUCCUUCUUAUUAAUUAUUAGUAGAUGCCAUUUUCAGAUAAUUAUUAUACUCGCAUAUGUUCUGAACAGUUGUUGAAGACAGAGAGGCUAGGGCCUAGCAUAGCAGAAGAUCUACAUCUAAGUCCUAAUGCCAGCUUCUCUGUUGGGAGGCAGGGGAAGAUGGGGUUCCUGCUGCAGGUGACCUCCCUGCCUUCCAGGCCACCUGGUACCAACUACCCUGUGAAGAAGAUACAAGGAGAGAGACACCAGAUGCCUGCUCCAGAUGCACGCAUUUUGUUUGGCUUUUUACAUAUCAAUUUGCAUUUCAUAAAAGUUGUAAGCUGUUCUGAGGACUCCAGUUGAAAAGGAGGGUAUACAUCUAGUAAAUAAAUACAAUUCUGAACAUAAGGGCAAUGUAGGAAAGUUGUGAUAUGCCAGAUCAGGCUGUUUGUCCAUCUAUUCCAUUACUGUCUCAUCUGACCGGUGGUUUAUCUCGAGUAUCAGGCAGGAGUCUUCCCUGUUAUCUGCUACCUUAUUCCUUUUAUUGAAGAUGCCAGGAAAUGAACCUGCAUCUUUCAGUAUGCAUAGCAUGUGGUCUACCACCAAGUUAUGAUCUUUCUAGACUGAACAUAGAUUCAGCCUGGUAGUGAGAAGGAACAUCUCUUUGGAAGCCUCUUUAUGAGGCCUCCCUCUCCAGGACUUAGGAUGAUCCGAGGCAGCAGGUACUUGUGAAAUAUAGUUCUCCAAGGCAUCUGUGCCUUCUGAAGGCCUUCUGAUGGGUAAGGUGUAGUGGUAGCGUUCCACUUACCAGACAAUGAUUCACUUGCUCAGAUAACAGUCCAAACUGGAGGAAAACGUCUGAGACAAAUCAUGCUUAGUUUAUAAUACAGAUGAGGUAAUUACAAUUUUGGGUGACACCACUAAUUAUUAUGCAGAUUUUGCUAAUGGUACCGUAUAUUAAGACCAGCUUUGCAUUGAAGGCAUUGCCUUACUUUGAACCAAUUUUAAGUAAAGAUAAGAAGUUUCCCCCCCAAGGAAUUCUUAAUGCACUCCCAAUUCAGUUUGUAUUAGCAAUACAAGUCCUUUGCCUCUGUACACUUGGUCAAAGGGAACAGGAAAUGGUUUCUUUCUUUUAGUAAGUAAAAUGCUGGUAUUAAUAGCCACCACCCAAUCAUUUCACUCUGCAUUAGAAGUGGAACAGGGCUUCAUCUGACCUUGCCACAUAUUGGGGCUGAUGCGAUUGACGCAACCUGAGUGCUUUCUCCCACAUUGCCCCUGGAACCAAUGAAGCCAUCCACCUAUGCUUGAAUUCUUUAUGUGCUUACGUGACUCAGAAGUGGUGGAUCACAGCAUCAUUUGUGUGCUAUAGAAAUAGAGACUAACAUUCUAAUUGGACACUCCUGUGGCAGGAAAUGGAAGGCAAUUUUGAGCAAUCCCCCACACUACCCCUGCUGUCUCUGCACUACCUCUCACAUUGUUCCAGGGAAUACUCUGACUCUCCAGAGCUUGUUUUCAUUCAGCAUAGGAUGCUGCAGGUGGGAGGAAUUGGUGUCAAAAAUUUCCCCUUCCCCUUGUGUCAGUGGGAGCCUCCAGUUAGCAAAGUUCGGCCAAAGAUAAGUCUGGAGCCAGCACAAUGAAACCUAAACAUGUUAAAGCUCUAAUAAGGCUCCAGGUGUAAGAACUGCUUAAUUUUUUUUUUGUUUUAUGACUUGGUUUUAUUAGCAGCUUUGAGGGAAAGUGGUAUAUUAAUGUUGAGAAUAAAACUGUCUGCUAAAUGUGUUGGCUGAUAUUUCUCUGCUGGUUACUAGUGUUGUAGGCUCCAACAUGUGGCUCAGUAGAACAGAGGUAGGGUUGUAAUGUUGUCAAUUAAUUGGUUACUUAACUACUUGGAGUACAGUGAAAUAUUCCAUGAAGUCGAUGUACCUAUACCUUGUGGCCUACCAGUGGCAUAAUUUGACAACAGCAUGAAUACAAUCUGAUUUUUGCUUGAUCAAAUUCCCAAACAUAUAUAAAUGUACAGGAUUGUGUAGAGGAACAUAAGACCCAUUCAUGUGGGUAAGGGGCAGCCUCUUGCAUCCAUGCAGAGUUGGUGUCUGACCAGGGGAAGGCUUGCAAGCAUAGGUCUCUCUAUAUGUAUAUGUUUCCAUGCAGACUGCAUGGAAGCUUACACAUUGGCUUCAUUGGCUUAAUGUAGGGGCUAGGGCCAGCAGCAUGCCCUGCUUCCUAAUAACUACUUAGAUUCCUCUUCCUUGAUUAAUACAAGAAAGGGACUCUCUCAUACCCCAGAUAAUAUAUGGGUACAAUCAACAGUGGCCAGCAGCUGUUUCUGGUAUCAUAUCAACUGGCAAAAUUGAAAUGGGGGCAGACCCUUGCAGUAUUUAUCUAUGUAUACAGGAGGUCAAGAUUUAUACUGUUGUUUUGCCACACAAUACAGACAAUAAAGAUGUAAGAGGCUGGCUUGCAUUUGUGAUUGGCUGAGUCACCAUUAUAAUUCUUAAGUAAUUGUCUGUUAGAUGAGUCCUGUCUUAAUUUUGUUGCAGGUUCAGCAGUACAGAGUUGCAAUGACAGCAAAGGACUGCUCCAUUAUGAUUGCCCUCUCACCUUGCCAGCAGGAUGAAUGGUAAGAUGAUCUAGAAUGUUAUGCAUGCUUCUUGGAGGUUCUCUGUCCACACUCUUCAGAAUGAUCAGUAUACAUUGAAGUUAACGCUGCUUUGGUUCAAAUUUUAUUGUCCAUUGAUCAUAAUUUAAGCUCCAAACCCCAUUCAACUAAAAGCAUGCAAAAGUGAUGAUGCCUAUGACAGCCUUUAUUGAAAACCUAGUAAUCUAUUUUUUAGAUGUCUUAAUAGUACACAUAGCUUGGUCAAGAGGUUCGUGACAUAUUAGAAUGCUUGGGGUGACACCCAUAUGUACUGGCCGAUGGGCACUUCUUCCCUUGAGGGGAACUCCUUCAUUUUGCCCCUUGCUCUGUCAGCAUUGGCCAGUCAUUGAUAAAUAUGUCUGCUACAUUCUAACUCACUUUGCAAAGUUCUGAAUGUCUCUAGAAAGGCUCUGGUUUUAAUUUAAAAUAUAAUUAUGGUAGUUACAUUGAAAUUUAUAUAUAUUUUCAGUUAGGGAAACAGUUAAAACAUAUAAAUAGGGGUUCUUCUGGAAAACCUUGUGUGCACAUCUACCAACCACUUAAAGAACUUUACUCAACUAAAAUUUACCAGCAUAGCUUCUGCUCCCUGCUCCUAUGCCAGUAAGGGAAUAAUGGUAAAGUCUUUGUCCCAUGAGGAUGGGAGUCUCAUAUUGUGGUUAGCAACUGCACAGAUGAUGCACCUUCCAAGGGACUAGCCAUUAAUGCUGGUUUCUAUCUGCAGUUUCAGGGGCACAUAAAUGUAUGGAAUACUUGACACAUUCCUGUACUGGUAUGGUAGCACCAGAAUGAAUGACUUUACUUACCAGGGAAUCUUAGAGAAAUGCCUCAUGGGACCACAGCUAUAUUAUUUACAUAUCAGAACAAAAUUUGUGUAACAGGACAUACUGCUAUAUUAACUUCUAUGCAGAUCUUUAUUUCUUCAGAUUUAAGACCUAAAUGUCUUGGUUUAGGGAAAUGAUUACUAAUACUAUAUAUUCUCCCUGUGUUAUAACUGAUGCAAUAUAAUCUGGUGAAAAUGGUGACUUAAAUUUAAGUAAGCAGAUUGCUAACAUCUCAGUGCAGUUCAUUUUUAUGGCAGUGUUGGUGGUAUAACAAUUUAGGGAUGCUUGGCAUAAACUGAGGUGGAAAAUGAUCAACAUGAUCAACUAAAUUUUCAUUCCACCACAUUUUGGACUGGAAAAGCUGUAUCUUAUUUAAGACCACAGCUACUUCAAAAAUGCAGCAUCAGCUGAAGCUGGUCAUGAUUAGGUAAUGGGUAAACUUUUUCAUGUGUAGAAGAUUUUUAAAAGUCUAUUAAUGUCAUAAUUUUUUCUUGGGGCAAGAAGUAACUUUUCUUUUUAAAUUCAAACUACAGUGCAGUGCAGAGGCCACUGGUUUUAACUUCUAAAUCAAGAUUCACCUUUUCCGUCUCCGUCUUGGACCUAGACCUUAAGCCAUAUGAAAGCAUUCACCAUCAGUACAAACUUGAUAGGAAGAUAGUAAACUUCUAUUUGAAGAACACACAGGCCAAAGACGACUCGGUGAUGUCAAAUCUCUUGAAAGAAAAUGAAGACUGCACACUACUUCUCCAUAAAAUGUAACUGGCUAAAUAUUUAUCAAACACAGAAUGGGAAUAAUUAAGUUAUGUUGGUUUUCUAUUAUUUUCAGUUGUGCUUUAAAUUUAUCUGCCUUUCAGAAACACAGAAUACCACUCAGACUACCUUGAAGGAAUGUAUUUAUGGUAAAAGAGUUAGACAGACAUAUGCACCCUACAAACCCUUAGUAAACUGGUUGCUGGGAAAGUAGUUAAGUUUGAAUCAAAUGACUACUGUAUGAAGCAGAGAAGUGAGUAUCUUGAAUUUAAUUCUUCAAUGCAGGGAACCAGUGUUCCUAUGAGGUUUGCAGAUGAAACUUUGCAAACAAUAGUAUGUGAACUGCUGAAUAGCACUUGCUCAAAUUAAUUGUAAAAGUGAACCAGCUCCUAUUUAAAGUAGUUAUUAAGCCGGAGAGUGGAUAUAUGGUGCUGCCUAGGUUUUCAGCUUGAAUCUUAAUAUUUUUUAGUCUUGUGACAAAAUAUGAGUUUGGUUGUUUCCAAAAAUGGUAUUGUAGUGGCCAUUCUAAAAAAGCGAUUGGAAUACAUGCGAGUAAACUUACAAAACAAAGGAAACUUAAUGGUAUAGAGAAAAACAGCCUUAUCAAACUAAACCAGCUCGUCCUUACUCAAAUAGGUGUUGCUUUUAAAAGUUCACUAGAACGAUUUAAUUAUGAAGCUCUUUCAAAUGGUCCAGUGUUAACACAAUUACAUUCAAUUGUCCCCCCGCCCCCCGAUAUUUUUAACUCCAUGUAAAAUAACUAUACAUGUGCCUCAUUUAUAUACAGAAACCCUCCAGUAAAGCAAGCCAUCCUGUGUUUUGCUGCUGUGGGAAGCAUUUGUGAAGUUAAAGAGUGGCUUUAUUAUCCCUGCCCAUGAGUGAUAAGUUUUGUACUUAAUAUUUUGUUGAUUUCCCCCUUCUACAUUAAACACCUGCAACUCUCCCAGAGCUGGGUAAAAUAAAGUCAUAUGCUAAUUGAGAUGUUCCUCAAAGUGAACUCUAUGAAUUUGAAACUUACCUCACAUUAGUUAUUAGUUAGCAAGGAGCAUUUUCUCUAGAAGUGCCUGUGCAUGAUUAUUACUGUCUCUUACCCUAUCUUGCAUACAGAUAAUAGGAUAUAUGCCUCAGGUUUGGCAGGCUGCAGGGCUCAUCUGCUCAGACUCUUUUCCCACUGUGCUGUGCAAUGGCAAUAGGCUUCUCUUAUUGUAUAGGAAUAUUACUGUUCUUAUUCUGGCUGCGUGACUUGAGCCUCUGAAUUCAAAAUGCUGGAAAGGCAAGUCAUGUCAUGGGCUUUCUGUAGAACAGGAGAAACUUUCAUAGGGGUUGCCUGGGGGCAAGAUACUUGAAGUGGGUGAAGGCUAUCUGUGAGAAACCCAGAUUUUAAGCUGCUUUAGCCAUUCAAAAAUUAGUAUCUAUAUUCAACUGUAGGCAUUUAUGUUCUAACUGACAUUUUGUGUGUGUCAUCAGUGAUCCAGUUUAUUCAUUGUCUUUAAGGUACAGUAUCUAUCCCUAAAAAUCUAAAAGAAUACUCUUGCCAUUACCAAUUAAGCUGCUACAGUUAACAUUAAAUAUAAUGGUAACAUUUCAAAACUUGUAUAAUUUGAAUACUUGUUCUCAUCUUACACAGAACAUAAUUUUGUUAGUGUCUCUAUUCAUUCCCAUUACUUCUAAAAACUGUCUUGUGAUAGCUGUACAGCUUAAUUAUAAGAUGUGGUUAUAUAGAGGUUACAGACCUCAAUUCACAGGAUGUCAAGGAACCCAACUGCAGGUUAAGGCAUUUAUCUAGAAUAAGACUUAUAACUAGGUUGAAGUUAGUAAACUGCUAUGCCUAAUGGUUGGUUACAAUCAGUACUUAAAUUUGUUAGCUGACUGAAGUGUCAGGUAAUAUCUUAUAUCAGGUUUCUUCUUGGUAUGUAAAGGUUCUGCAAGGAAGACUGUCAUUCCCAUAUUCCUGAAGCAAUAAGCAAAACAAGGCAAUGGCACAAAUAGAUGUGCAGCAAUGCUUAUUUGAUUUUGCAUAUUCUGGUCAGAACUAACUGAUCAGAAGUAGGUAAAAUUCUACAUUUAUAAUCUAGGGCCAGGGAGUCAAGUGAGUUAAAUUGCUGUUUAAGGGGUUUGCUUGAGGACUAGGUUUCCACCUUUUGAGAACAGCUACAAAGCUUGCUUUUAUGCAAAUACUGUUGCGGCACUCAAAAAGAGCAGGGAGACCUUUGAAAUGGUUGUGCUACUUAACUUGGAAAGCAAAAAAACAGCAAGUACAUGGGAUAAGUUGUAUGUGGGUCAGUGAUCUUGACCUUGCUAUUUUCAUUAUAAGCAAUCCUGGGACUAAAAAUAAAUAGGUUACAUUUUGUAAAUUGUAGCUAUGCCUUCUGAUCCAUUGUAAAUUAAAAUUUCACAAUUCUAUUUUAUGAAAGGUUUGAUAAACCUGGUUUUGCCUUUAAUCACUGAUUGAGGAAAGAAGCAGUUGCGAAUACUGAGUGAAGUUUUUUGCAUCUUGAAACUUCCUUUCAUUUAACUUUUCAGUGUCAUUUCUAAUCUAAGAAUCUGUUACAUAUACAGCUGUGAACAGAAACUGUCACUUUUUAUAAACUUGAGUUUACCAGGUCGAUCUGAAGAGGUUCUAGGAAAUGCUAUUGAAGGGGGGGGGGAGAAACCACUUCGAUUCAGAAAGUUAACUUUUUAAAAAUAAAAUUCACUUAUCUAUUUGGCAUUUUGUAUUUAAAAUGGCUGUAUUUAUUUGUCAUGAUGAUUUAUAUAUAUAUGUGCCAUAAUUGUACAGAUAGCAUGUUUUAUGGGUUUGAUUUCUAAAUGAAAAAUAACUUAAUGUUUAUAUUCAAUAAACAAUAGAUGCAU